AUGACUGAAUUACAAACUGGACACAAGGUGCAAUGCAUAAGAAGUGACAGGGGUGGAGAGUUUCUGUCUACUGAUUUUUUGGAGUUCUGUGAAGCUAAUGGCAUUCAAAGGCAGCUUACAAUGGCCUAUACUCCUCAGCAGAAUGGAGUAGUUGAGAGGAAGAAUAGAACUGUCAUUGAGAUGGCAAAAUCAAUGUUACAUGAGAAGGGAAUGCCCUAUUUCCUAUGGACAGAAGCUGUCCAUACAGCUGUCUAUUUGCUGAACAGAUGUCCUACCAAAGCUCUCAACAACAUUACUCCAUUCGAAGCAUAUAGUGGAAGGAAGCCUGGAAUUGCACACUUGAAAGUGUUUGGUUCUCUGUGUUAUGUUCAUGUGCCAACUGAAUUGAGACACAAGCUGGAACCUAAGAGUACAAAGGGAGUGUUUGUGGGAUAUGCAACUUGUGAAAAAGGAUAUAGAGUUUUUGAUCCUAUUUCUAACAAGCUUUUACUGUCAAGGGAUGUGACAUUUGAUGAAGAAAAAGCUUGGCAUUGGACAGACAAAGAUGGUUCAGUUAUGACAUCAUACUCAAUUGAAGACCAAGUAGACUUGGAUUUGAAAACUGACAGUUCUAAUGAGAACUCUACUGGUACACCUCAAACUUUGGAUAUGCAAGAGAGCACUUCAUCAACUCCAGGUGAUAUAAGCAGUGAAGAAAGGAGAACCCAAGCUUAUGAUCACACCCCUCUAAAAUGGAGAAGGCUAGAUGAUGUUCUAGCUCAGUGUAACUUGUGUAUCAUGGAACCAGAAAAAUAUGCUGAUGCUGCUCAGGAUGAAUCUUGGCUUAAGGCUAUGGAAGAUGAACUGCAGAUGAUUGAAAAAAAUGAAACAUGGGAAUUGAAGCCUGGACUGGAUUAUAAUGAGACUUAUGCACCUGUAGCCAGAUUGGACACCAUUAGAACUCUUGUUGCUCUAGCUGCUCAAAAGGAUUGGAAAUUGUUCCAGCUUGAUGUGAAGUCUGCUUUCCUUAAUGGUGUGCUGCAAGAGGAAGUUUAUGUCAGUCAGCCUGAAGGUUUUGUAAUUAAAGGCAAAGAAGACAAGGUUUAUCGUCUGCAUAAAGCUCUUUAUGGUCUGAAGCAAGCCCAAGGGCUUGAUGACAUAGUGUACACAGGGAGCAGUCAAGCAUUGUUGGCUGAAUUCAAAGAAGACAUGAUGGCUAAGUAUGAGAUGACUGAUUUGGGUUUACUUCACCAUUUCCUUGGCAUGGGAGUUGUGCAGACUGUGUCUAGUAUAUUUCUACAUCAAAAGAAAUAUGCUAGCACCUUGUUGAGCAAGUUUGGUUUGACUGAGUGCAAAUCUGUGACAACACCUCUUGUUGCCACUGAGAAACUAGCUAAGGAUGAUGGGAGUGGAGCUGCAAAUGAAGAAACAAUACAGAAGCAUUGUUGGUAG